GGAUACAUUCAUAUGUCAUACCAUUACACAAAGCUUUGCCAUGGGCUCAAUUUCCCCCCGAGACUUUAUCGACUUAGUCUCUUUGAAGCACUAUGAAGGGAAUACGGAUGUUAUCAGUGGGAACUGGAAUGCAAAAGUAGGAAGUCAAGAAACAUGUGGAGUAACAGGCACAUUUGGCCUUGGAGUACAGAAUGAAGCAGGGCAAAGGCUAAUAGAGUUUUGCCAAGAGAAUGCACUGAUCAUAGCAAACACCAUCUUCCAACAACUCAAGAGAAGACUCUACACAUGGACAUCACCAGAUGGUCAACACCAAAAUCAGAUUGAUUAUAUUCUUUGCAGCCAAAGAUGGAGAAGCUUUAUACAGGCAGCAAAAACAAGACUGGGAACUGACUGUGGCUCAGAUCAUGAACUCCUUAUUGCCAAAUUCAGACUUAAAUUGAAGAAAGUGGGGAAAACCACUAGACCAGGCAGGUAUGACCUAAAUCAAAUCCCUUAUGAUUAUAUAGUGGAAGUGAGAAAUAGAUUUAAGGGACUAGAUCUGAUAGAGUGCCUGAGGAACUAUGGACAGAGGUUUGUGACAUUGUACAGGAGACAGGGAUCAAGACCAUCCCCAAGAAAAAGAAAUGCAAAAAAGCGAAAUGGCUGGCUGAGGAGGCCUUACAAAUAGCUGUGAGAAGAGAAGUGAAAAGCAAAGGAGAAAAGGAAAGAUAUUCCCAUUUGAAUGCAGAAUUCCAAAGAAUAGCCAGGAGAGAUAAGAAAGCCUUCCUCAGCGAUCAAUGCAAAGAAAUAGAGGAAAACAAUAGAAUGGGAAAGACUAGAGAUCUCUUCAAGAAAAUUAAAGAUACCAAGGGAACAUUUCAUGCCAAGAUCGGCUCAAUAAAGGACAGAAAUGGUAGGGACCUAACAGAAGCAGAAGAUAUUAAGAAGAGGUGGCAAGAAUACACAGAAGAACUGUACAAAAAAGAUCUUCAUGACCCAGAUAAUCAUGAUGGUGUGAUCACUCACCUAGAGCCAGACAUCCUGGCAUGUGAAGUCAAGUGGGCCUUAGGAAGCAUCACUAUGAACAAAGCGAGGGGAGGUGAUGGAAUUCCAGAUGAGCUAUUUCAAAUCCUAAAAGAUGAUGCUGUGAAAAUGCUGCACUCAAUAUGCCAGCAAAUUUGGAAAACUCAGCAGUGGCCACAGGACUGGAAAAGGUCAGUUUUCAUUCCAACCCCAAAGAAAGGCAAUGCCAAAGAAUGCUCAAACUACCACACAAUUGCACUCACCUCACACGCUAGUAAAGUAAUCCUUGAAAUUCUCCAAGCCAGGUUUCAGCAAUACGUGAACCAUGAACUUUCAGAUGUUCAAGCUGGUUUUAGAAGAGGCAGACAAACCAGAGAUCAAAUUGCCAACAUCCACUGGAUGAUUGAAAAAGCAAGAGAGUUCCAGAAAAACGUCUGUUUCUGCUUUAUUGACUAUGCCAAAGCCUUUGACUGUGUGGAUCACAACAAACUGUGGAAAAUUCUGAAAGAGAUGGGAAUAGCAGACCACCUGACCUGCCUCUUGAGAAACCUGUAUGCAGGUCAGGAAGCAACAGUUAGAACUGGACACGGACCAACAGACUGGUUCCAAAUAGGAAAAGGAGUACGUCAAGGCUGUAUAUUGUCACCCAGCUUAUUUAACUUAUAUGCAGAGUACAUCAUGAGAAACGCUGGGCUGGAAGAAGCACAAGCUGGAAUCAAGAUUGCCAGAAGAAAUAUCAAUAACCUCAGAUAUGCAGAUGACACCACCCUUAUGGCAGAAAGUGAAGAAGCACUAAAGAACCUCUUGAUGAAAGUGAAAGAGGAGAGUGAAAAAAUUGGCUUAAAGCUCAACAUUAGGAAAACUAAGAUCAUGGCAUCCGGCCCCAUCACUUUAUGGCAAAUAGAUGGGGAAACAGUGGCUGACUUUAUUUUUUGGGGCUCCCAAAUCACUGCAGAAGGUGAUUGCAGCCAUGAAAUUAAAAGACGCUUAUUCCUUGGAAGAAAAGUUAGGACCAACCUAGACAGCAUAUUAAAAAGCAGAGACAUUACUUUGUCAACAAAGGUCCUGUCUAGUCAAGGCUAUGGUUUUUCCAGGGUCAUGUAUGGAUGUGAGAGUUGGACUAUAAAGAAAGCUGAGCGCCAAAGAAUUGAUGCUUUUGAACUGUGGUGUUGGAGAAGACUCUUGAGAGUCCCUUGGACAACAAGGAGGUCCAACCAGUCCAUCCUAAAGGACAUCAGUCCUGGGUGUUCAUUGGAAGGACUGAUGUUGAAGCUGAAACUCCAAUACUUUGGCCACCUGAUGCGAAGAACUGACUCAUUGGAAAAGACCCUGAUGCUGGGAAAGAUUGAGGGCGGGAGGAGAAGGGGACGACAGAGGAUGAGAUGGUUGGAUGGUAUCACCGACUCGAUGGACAUGAAUUUGGGUAAACUCUGGGAGUUGGUGAUGGACAGGGAGGCCUGGCGUGCUACAGUUCAUGGGGUCACAAAGACUCGGACACUGGGUGACUCAACUGAAGUAUCUAAAUGUUAAAAUAAGUUUAUUUGUACUGGUUUAAA